UCGGAUAUGCAAAAUCUUGUCGUAAAAUCUGGGGUAAUUGUACAUUCUAGAAUGGUCCCCCACUAUCGGAGUGAAAGGAGGAGAGAAUAUUUUAUUGAGAGCGGAUGCAUGUUCCUAUAGCAAUGAUUCUGUAUUAUCUGUAUAGAAAAGUAUUACGUCUCCUCACUGUUCAUUAACAACGUCGAAUUUUUGCAAUCGUUUAAGAACAAUGUUGAUAGUUUUAAAAAUAUAAAUAUAUAUACAAGAGUCUGUUCUUGUUCAUCACUAUUCUUUUCUAUUUCAAUCAUUAGCUUUAGUUAUAAAUUAAAUCAUCAACCAAAGUUUAAUAAUUUAAAAAUGUCCUUCUCAGGUGAUAUUGAAAAAGGAUCUCAUGAUCAUAUCGAAAAUAUUGAAGAUAGCAGUCAAGUUGAACUCGACUUAAGUCCAGAACAUGAAGCUUAUCUUAUAGAAAGACAUGGUACAGCAUUUUUAGACCCUCUUCCUUCAAGUGACCCAAAGGAUCCUUUAAAUUGGCCAAUUUGGAAAAAAAAUGCUGAAAUUCUUAUUGUUGCCUUCCAUACCUUUACUACUGCGUUUAUGGCUUCAGGUCUUAUCCCAGCAUUUCAAACUGUUGCUGUUAAAUUAGAUGUUCCAUUGGCAAAUGCAUCUUAUUUAACUUCUGUUCAAAUUAUGGUUGUCGGUGCUAUGCCCUUCUUUUGGCUUCCAAUAAUGAAUGCAUAUGGAAGAAAUGGUAUUGCUGCUAUUUCGUGUUUAGUCUGUUGUGCUUUAAACAUCGGUAGUGCUUUCAGUGAAUCUUAUGCUGGAUCCAUGGCACUUAGAGCUGUUAUUGCUGCUUUUUUCUCUACAGGUUAUGCUGCUGGUAGUUCCAUUGUUGCUGAUUUAUCUUUUGCUCAUGAAAGAGGAAAAAAGAAUGGUUGGUGGUCUGUUGCAUUAGUUACUGGUACCACUGCAGGUCCUUUCGUUUGUGGAUUUAUUGAACAACAUGCUGGAACAAGAUGGAUCUAUUUUACCUUUUCAUUUAUGUGUUUUGCCCUUUUUAUUUUGUGGACAAUUGCAGAUGAAACAGUUUAUGUUAGACAUCAUGAAACCCCUCAACCAGGAAAUUGGUUUAAUAGUAAAGUUUUAAGAAUAAGUAGAAAUCCCGAUCAACAAUUGUCAUUUUCAUUAUUUAUGAGACCAUUCAGUUUGAUUACAAACUUCAACGUCAUGAUGUCUAUUCUUACUUUGUCGAUUGUCUUUUGUUAUGCUAACAUUGUUCUUGUUGUUGAAUUACCCCAAGCUAUGGGUGUAUUAUUUCAAUUAGAUCCGCAGCAUUUAUCUUAUCAAUUUAUUGCUCUUAUUAUUGGUUCUGCUAUUGGUGAAUUUUUAGCUGGUCCACUUUCAGAUUGGUGGAUGAAAAAAUCUGUUGCUAGAAGAGGAGGUGUAAGAGUUAUCUCAGAUAGAUUAUGGGUAUCUUACAAUGGAUUUAUUUGUGUUGUUGUUGGGUUAGUUGUUUGGGGUGUAUACUUAGAUAGAGCAGUUCCAGGUCAUUGGAUUAUAACUCCACUUAUCGGUGGUGCCAUCGCUGCUUGUGGUAACAAUAUUGUCAUGACAGUAUUAACUACCUUUGCUAUUGAAAGUGCUCCUGGUAGAGCUACUGAAGCAGGUUUAUUAAUCACUUUAUUUAGACAAACUUAUGCAUUUAUUGGACCAUUCUAUUUCCCAUACAUGUUUGACACACUUGGAUUUUCUGGUUCAGCAGGUUUAAUGUGUGGUUUGGUUGCAGUAUUUGGGGCUGGUCCCGUUAUUAUUUGCCACGUUCUUGGAUCAAGAAAGCAAGGUAGUUAGGUAUAUUAUUUAUGAAUUAAUGAUGUAUAUGAAUAAAUUAACAUAGUUGAACAUUUUAAAUAAUCGAUUAUCGUAGAUUUAUCAUAAAUUCACUCACUCUACAUUUCUCGACACUACAUACUUUCUUAUUUAACUGCUUUUUAUUUUCA